AUUCGAUCUCUCCACUUUAUUACAUCUGCCAUUGAUCAGGAAAUCGUCUUACAUUUCAACUUGGUGCUUGAUCGGCAGCCGCGUCAGUAAGUAGUCCGCAUCAAGUUCGAAUGGAAGCCAUCAAAAUUCUUUGGGACACGGAUCCGGACAGCCAUAGCGUCAUUUACGAAACAAAAAUUAGCAUAUAAAGUGGCCUACGUAUACACAGCAAUCGCAAUUUUAACGUUUCCUCAACCCUUCAUCCCCUGCAGAAUUAUCGUCCUAGAGCAGAAUGCGUACUUCAGCUCUCCUUACACUCUUUUUCAGCUUCUUCUUCACCAUCCAAUUGGCCUUUUCGAUGCCUUUAUCAGCACCAACCUGGGCUUAUGCAUCCGGUGGUACCCGUGACAUCAUCGAUUUACAGAACAAGCGCAUCAUGGACUUUGUAACUGGCCCUGUUGGUAUACUCCUCAGGACGCUAGGCAGGCCAGCCUUGCGUGAAAUGCAAUUGGAAAUCGAUGACUAUUGUUCCAAAUUCCCGUGUCCCACGAAAAGUGAGUGUCGACAAGUCUUGGGAAUGGUGCAGAGCUCAUAAACAAUCGUACUCAGGAGGGACAUCCGAAAUUUAAUAUUUAUACCAGACUCGGACAGCAAGCUGUCCUUCCGACUUUGCAAGACUUUCAAUUGUAUACCCCUCAGAUUGUUGUACACCUGGCAGGCAUGCUAUGUGUCAGUCCAUUUGUUGUCAUCCCUGACAUUCCAUGUUAUUUGCAAGUAUAUAACUUAUCAUGUAUGUAACCCUGUAGAAGCUUGUUUUACUUACCUCGAAUAACUCACUCGCGGUGUAGCACGACAAACUGCUACGAUUCUUUGUUGCACACUUUAUGUAAAUCUAUUUAAUGUUCAAUGGCAGGCCUUACAUUAUUUACCUUGAUGGAAACGAACACUUGAUUGUCUUUUA